CAAAAAGAAGGCCGUUUUUCUAUUGUAAAAUUUCAAACGGCAUUUUGUUUGUCCUCGCCAAAUUGGAAUUAAAAGAGAACAGAGUUUUCUCAGAUUUAUUGAAUUUGCAAAAGCCACAAUUUAAGGACAUUGUGUAGUUAAAUAGGUUAAAUAUCUGUGCAGUGAAAGAAUUUAGUGAAACGGUGGCCGUUGAAUAUUUUGUCAGAGAUGGACAACAUGGACAGCAUCGGCAAUAAGGAAAAUUUAAUGGAGAAUCCAACACCGAGGCGGAUGACUAGGCUGGCCAAAUCGCUGCUGAUGAAGGAGGCGGAAGAAGCGGAGGGAAGCGCGAAGCAGGAGGAGAAGGAAAGCAAAGUGUCUCCAGUGAAAACGCCCAGGAAGGUGGCUAAGAAGACGCCGAAAAAGACACCUAAAAAAACUCCAGGUAAGUCAGCAGCUGAAGCUCCGGGAUCUGCACGAAAAGCUCGAUCGGCGAAGAAGGAUGACAAGAAAGUGACUCCUGGAUCCCGUAGAGUCACAAGAUCCCGAUCCAUUCUGUCUGAAAAGGACGAAGAGGAGCAAACUGUCAAUGAUUUAGAGUCUAGCAAGAAGAAUCUCUUCAGAGAUGAUCGAGAGAUUAGUCCUCCGGAAGAGGAUUUUCGAAAUUGCAAGGAAGAGAUUAAAGUAAUUCCUGAUGAAGCUGCAGAAAACUCUAAUGAGGAUUCUCGGGAGAAGAAGGAAGAGGAAGAGAAACCAAUGGACAAAGAAGCGAAGAAGGACCCCAAGGACGACAAUAAGGAAGAAAAUGAUGAUGUUUUUGAGGACAAUCCUCCAUCAGUCCCAAAAGUUCCUGAAACUGUCCAGAAACCAGCUGAGUUGGAGACAUUUGGGGACUUGGUUGAAGCCAUGAAGGACGGAAAGGAUCUAGAUGAAGAAUCCAUCCUGAUCGUAGACGAUUCACUUACAGAGGAAAAUAUUAAGAUGCCCAAAAAUCCAAGUAUUAUAAUUAUUCCAGACACUCCUAUGCCAGACAAAGCACCCAUUCCCUUGAAUGAGACCUUCUCACCCGAGCCGGCUCAGAUAGUUUUUGCUCCCGAGGAGCACAAACUCCCGGAGGCAGAACCGCCAAGAAAGACUCCAAGAAAAACCCCGAAGAAAACCCCCAUAAAGACCCCCAAAAAAUCUCCCAAGCGUCUCAAUUUGCUGAGUAGCACAAAGAACAUUAAUUUUGCUCCAGCAAUCGCUUCGAGUGCCCUCAAAAAUUCCCUCUUGUUGGAAAAUAAGAUCCUCACCCCUCUCAAAUCCAUCCGCAAGCGUUCUUUCUCCACCAAUGACGUCGAGAGCAGCAGGAAGAUCAAUCGUGUGAAGUUCCACAGCCCGGCAAAUAUGGAGAUCACAGUUGAUGAAAUUGAUGACAGCAUGCGUCCCCACAUCGAGGAGAUCAAGCUCGAAAGGGAUGCCUAUGUCAAUGCCAGGGCCAAGGAGAAGAAAUUGGCCAAGAGACGCAAACGCUCAAUGAGCAAUGUUGAGACAGAAUCUGGCAAGAGAGCUCUCCUUGAUACGUCCACCAAUAAGACUCCAAGGACUCCAACGAAGAAAAAUGAGUCAAUAACUCUGGGAAAGAUUCCUAACUUCAUGGCCAUUCAUGCAGCAUCCUUCAAGAAAAUGGAAAAUUUGGUUGAUUACAAAAACAGGAAGGAUGAGAGAGCGAAGAAUCUUCUGAGCAGCUCUGGCAAGGUUCCCAGUGGAUCUUCGGCCAAGGAAGCCGUUGCAAUUGAGAAAGAUGCCAGUGUUGCUCCUGCGGGUGCGAAGGUGCCGGAAGAAGGUGAUGCCUUGCAGAAGGUAGAGGGCGAGGGUGAGAAAGAAUCGGGACACGUGGGAACUACUUCGCGGCCCCUGAACAAAGUAGAGGAGCGUCAGCAGAAAUGGCGCUCGAUGCACAAAUCUGGGCGUCAUGACAACCAGCAGACUGAGGUCAAAGCUGCCCAAAACGCAAUGCUGAAGGGGGUGCGCACCAAUAGACGCUUUGAGCUCAUGAUGAAGUUCAGGGGGCAGAAAAAUUGAGAGAUGCGCCUGGAGAUUUCUAAAGACAUGUUACAAUUUUUGGUUUUGAUUAUAAAGAAAAGAAAGAAUGUUUUUUUUCCCAUGCAUAAGCAAUUUUUCUCAAUGGCCAAUGUGGCAUUUUCUCACACCUUGCUUCUUGCGUGAAGUGCAAUUGUUGCAUUGAGAUUGUGUGAGACAUGGUGGUUAAUUGAAUAAACAAUUGAUAUUGA